ACUGCAUCUCCAGCACGCUAUGUGGCGCUGUCCAACUCUGUAUUAUGAACACGAAGAAGUAACUGUACGCUUAGUUCAGAAAACAGUGCAAAUGUUGCAUUAUUUUUGGAAGAUGUAUGUUAAACUUUGCAUCGUCAGUUUAUAAAAGAAUAUCUACCCUCUACCGUAUUGCCUUACAAUUGGACAACGUCUUUGCAAAGCGCCCUCAUGGUUGGAAGAAACGCGUCAAGCGACUUGUAAACAAAAAGCAGGAUGACAGACUGUCAUGAGUUUGAUAUUGCUUCUUCAUUUCCAAGCACUUUAAGUGUUAUUGAAACUUUUGUUCAAAACUGAAGACUACACAAUGACCGUGACCAUAAAGGCUAACAAGGCUUACAAGCUUGUGGUGCAUAAAAAGGGCUUUGGAGGCAGUGAUGAUGAGGUGAUGAUGAACCCCAAAGUCUUUCCCAAUGUUAAACUGGGGGAUAUUGUUGAGAUUGCACAUCCAAAUGAUGAGUACAGUCCUCUUCUGCUGCAGGUCAAGAGUUUAAAAGAAGACCUGCAGAAAGAAACUAUCAGUGUAGAUCAGACAGUAGCUCAGGCCUUCAAGCUUCGCGCCUAUCAGGAUGUCAUCAUCAAUAUUGUAGAUCCAAAGGAUGUGACUUUGGAUCUGGUGGAGCACUUUAAAGAUCAGUAUAUUGGACGAGGAGACAUGUGGAGACUGAAGAAGAGCUUAGUGAGCACAUGUGCGUAUGUGACACAGAAAGUAGAGUUUGCAGGAAUCAGGGCCCAGGCCAGUGAAUUGUGGGUUAAAGGAGAGAAGGUCACUUGUGGCUACAUUAGUGAAGAUACAAGGGUUGUUUUCCGAUCCACCUCUGCGAUGGUUUAUAUAUUCAUUCAAAUGAGCUGUGAGAUGUGGGACUUUGAUAUCUAUGGUGAUCUUUACUUUGAGAAAGCUGUCAAUGGUUUCCUCUCCGAUCUGUUUGCCAAAUGGAAAGAGAAGAACUGCAGUCAUGAGGUUACAGUAGUGCUGUUCUCUCGGACUUUCUACUUGGCCAAAUCACUGGAAGAGUUCCCAGAGAUGCAAAGAGCAUCGGUCCGACAAGACCAUGAUGGGCGGUAUUAUGAGGAUUUCUACAGGGUGGUGGCCCAAAAUGAAAGACGUGAUGAGUGGACGUCUCUGCUCAUCACUAUCAAGAAGCUUUUCAUACAGUAUCCUGUACUGGUGCGUCUUAAAGUAGCAGAUGGAUAUCCAUGUGGGCAUAAUUCCACUUCUGCUCAGGGAAAUUAUCUGGAAGCUAUAAACUUGUCUUUCAACGUCUUUGAUAAGCACUACAUCAACCGUAACUUUGAUCGUACGGGUCAGAUGUCGGUGGUCAUUACUCCAGGAGUGGGCGUGUUUGAGGUGGACCGCUUGCUCAUGAUACUCACCAAACAACGCAUGAUCGACAAUGGCAUCGGUGUAGAUCUGGUAUGCAUGGGAGAGCAGCCUCUCCACGCUGUUCCACUCUUCAAGUUACAUAACCGGACAGUACAUGGAGACUCCAGAAUUGGCGAUGACUACAACCUGCCUCACUGGAUCAACCAUAGCUUUUACACAUCAAAGAGCCAGAACUCGUGCAGCUGUUUUACACCACGGAUCAAGCUGGCUGGAAAGAAGGCUCAAGCUGAAAAAGCCAGAAGCAGCAAAGAGCAUUCUCUUGGUUCUCCAAAAGAUGCCGAGAACAGCCUUCCAAUCCAGGUGGAUUAUGACGCGUAUGAUGCUCAGGUCUUUAGACUUCCUGGGCCCUCGAGAGCCCAGAGGUCCACCAACUUCAGGUCAAGUCGGGAGAGGGAGUCAGCCAGCAGGAAAAGCUGGGGCUCAUCUGAUGUCGGUGGAGGCGUAAUGGGCAGCUCUCCCCCAUGCAGACCUACAGGACCAGAUGAACAGAGGAGCCUGGCGUCAGAUGACAGUUUGGGACACAUCUCCAACAUCCUGCUCAUCCCACGCCCGUCUCAGGGGCAAUAUGAGGUCAGCAGCUCCCUGGGGUACACCAGCUGCACAAGAGAAUUGCUGGAAAAGAUGAUAGAAUCCCAGAGGGACUCCAGUGCUCCAGGCCGCUUCACGGUGGGCAGCGCUGAGUCCACCCUGCAUGUACGGCCGGGCGGUUACACGCCCCAGAGGGCCCUCAUCAACCCGUUCGCCCCCUCACGUAUGCCUAUGAAACUCACCUCCAACCGCCGCCGCUGGAUGCACACGUUUCCUGUCGGUCCUUCUGGAGAGGCAAUCCAGAUCCACCAUCAGACACGACAGAACAUGGCAGAGCUGCAGGGCAGUGAGCAGAGAGACCCGGCUCGUACCUCUGCAGAGUUGCUGGAACUGGCCUAUCAUGAAGCCACGGGAAGCAAGCGGACAGCGUCCCGUUACGUUGCAGAGACUGGACUGUACAUCAGCGGAGUUCCUGACAAUGUAUCUGGAAGUCCAGCAAGUAGCAACAGCACUGGAACACCAGUGAACCGUGGUUCCCUUGAGGAUUAUUCCAGCAGUCUAGAUCCAAUCCUGCUGCUGUCUGCCCCUCCGACAGUGCCUAGUUUUUGCUGCACGGUCGGGGUGGACUGGAAGUCCCUCACCACUCCUGCCUGCCUCCCUCUCACGACCGAUUACUUUCCCGACCGCCAAACCCUGCAGAACGACUACACAGAGGGCUGCUACGACCUGCUGCCACACACUGACCUGGACAGACGUGACGAUGAGUCUCCAGCGAUGACGGCCCAUCAGGUGUUUGAAGAGUUCAUCUGUCAACGACUGAUGCAAGGCUACCAGAUCAUUGUACAGCCAAACAGGAAGCCACAGCCUGCUAUAGCCCCGCCCCUCAGCAGCAGCCCCCUUUAUUCCAGAGGGCUGGUGUCUCGGCGUAAACCAGAGGAGGAAGAGAAUCUUUACUGGCUCAGUAUGGGGAGAACCUUUCAUAAAGUCUGCCUUAAAGAUAAGAUCAUUACAGUUACCCGCUACCUCCCAAAGUAUCCAUAUGAAUCCACACAGAUUCAGUACAGCUACAAUCUGUGCCCUCCGCAUGCUGAUGCCCACUUCCUGCCAUUCUGGGUUGAGUUCAGCCAUGAGCGGCUGGAGGAGUACAAAUGGAACUACCUGGACCAGUACAUCUGCUCUGCCGGCUCAGAGGACUUCAGCCUUAUUGACUCUUUGAAAUUCUGGCGCACACGCUUCUUGCUGCUGCCAGCGGGUGGAGCCAGGCGAGUGGCGGAUGGUGAGGGUCACUGGGACGUAUAUGGGGAGGGGGCGGGGGCAGGGCGGGAUGGCCUCUCUGGCAAUGGGGACUGGUCCCUUUUGGAUGGAUUUAUCCGCUUUUUGGAAGGCCUGAACAGGAUUCGCCGGCGCCAUCGAUCUGAUCGUAUUAUUCGUAAAGGCGCUACUAUUAAAGGCCUACAGGUGACAGGGGCCCUUUCAUCCUACAACCCGGAGCCUAUCGCACCCCCUGUGGGCAAAAAGGGCACCUCUGCCCUUUCUGCACUUCUGGAGCUGGAUCAGACACAGAAGAGUUUAGAAGAGCAGCAGCUUGCUGCUCAGCAUGGUGGGAAACCAUGUGGACCUUUCAAUGAAGCGGCCAGCGUUGCCCUGACAACCACCUAUGUCGAUAGCCCCCGUAAGGAUGCUGCCUUCAUUUUGGACUUUAUUCGUAGUCCACGUUCCUCCUACAUCUAUCACUCUCAGCUGCCGGCUGAACAGGUUCCAGCAAAUUCCAUUGAGGGUGGACUAUCAGACAAAGGAGGAAACCAACCAAGUGAGAGAACAUCUGGUAUGUCCCAAGCCAUAGGAGACCCAACCCCAGGCACAGGUUCAGAAACCGGGGGACAGUCAGGGACCAGUUGUUUGAGUCUUUCCUCAUCUUCCACACUGAUGGAGAUCCUGGAAGCCAUUAAGCAUCCCACCACUGGAGUGCAGCUUUUGCCAGAGCAGAGGGGCCUGCCUCCCAACUGCUUUGUCAGUGCUGAGGUUGUACAUUGGCUGGUGAGCACUGUGGAGAAUGUCGCCACUCAGGGCAUUGCAGUAGAAAUCAUGCAGAAAAUGUUGGAUGAAGGUCUAAUUACUCAUGCGUCCGGUGAUGCCAUGAGAACCUUUGUCUAUGGCUUCUACUUUUACCGGAUUAUCGACAAAGACAGCGAGAAGGCCCCUACAACUCCGUUGCCCCCAGCUGGAGCCAACGUAUGGUCUGCCGCAGCUUUGGAGGACUUCGCCCUGUUCCAGAGGAAGUGGUUUGAGGUGGCCUUUGUCAUGGAGGAACGUCGGCCCUGUGACUUACCGGCCUUCCUGCUACCCUGGUUGCCCAGCCGGCCGGCCUCGUACGCAAGUAGGCAUAGUUCCUUCAGCCGCAGCUUCGGAGGACGCAGCCAAGCUGCUGCACUGCUAGCUGCCACAGUUCCAGAUCAGAAAACAGUCACCUUGGAUGUGGACGUAAAUAAUCGCAGUGAUCGGACGGAAUGGUGCAGUUGCUACUACCAUGGCAACUUCUCCCUCAAUGCUGCCUUUGAAAUCAAGCUGCACUGGAUGGCUGUCACUGCAGCUGUACUCUUUGAAAUGGUGCAAGGCUGGCACAGAAAGGCGGCAUCUUGCGGAUUCCUGCUUGUACCUGUGUUGGAGGUGCCCUUCGCUUUGUCAUCGUACCUAUAUGGCGACCCUCUCCGUGCUCAGUUGUUUAUCCCCCUAAACAUACAGUGCCUACUAAAGGAGGGCUGUGAUAACCUGUUUGAGGGGUUUGAGCCAGAGACAUACUGGGACAGAAUGCAGUUGUUUCAGGAGGCCGUACUCUCCAGAUUUGGCUUUGUGCAAGACAAGUUCUCAACAUCAGCUUUUAACUUUCCAUCAGAGAACAAACCCCAGUACAUCCAUGUAACAGGUACAGUUUUUCUUCAGCUGCCUUACUCGAAAAGAAAAUACUCCAGUGGCCAGCGGCGGCGCCGUAACUCCACCACCUCCGCCAGUCAAAGCCUGUUUGGUUCUGAGGACCGAGUGGGCUACAAUUGGGCUUACAAUACCAUGCUGACCAAAGCCUGGAGAACUGGUGUUCUGGGGGACGAGAAACUGGCUGACCGCCUGCUACGGGAUUUCACAGAUUUUUGUGCCAACAAGGAUAAUCGACUGGUGACCUUCUGGGAAAGUUGUGUGGAGAAAAUGAAUGCCAGUGCCCCUUAAGAAAAGAGAAAGUAGGAAAGGCAAUGGAUACUUUCAGAGAAAAUCGAGACAGUUCGCCUUUGAAUAGAUGAUUGGACUGAUAGCAGCAGAACAUUAGCUUUUGAAGCAGAGGAAAAUAAAGGAAUAGCCUCAUCAUAAAACA